GUCCGCUCUGACGUCCUGAGUUUGAUAUGUGACAGCUUAAGGACCACAGAACCUCUUACAGCUGGAGAUUUAGAUUUAUUAAGAAAAUUUUAUCCGGUGAAUAUGAACAGUCAGUCGCCAUCAUUUCGACAACGUGUGCUAGCAAUGACAAAAAAGGUAUGUUUUAAACCGCCCCUGGUAAAAGUAUGAUGUCACAACGUUACUAAUUGUCUUUAUGUAUAACGUUUCAGUUAUUAAUUCGUGUGAGAGAUGGUGGUCGAUCAUUUAGCAAGAAAUUGUGCGGAGAAAAUUCUGCGGAAUUAGAUAUUCUCGCUGCGCAAGUUAAGCUUUACAUUGUAAGUUUGUAUGAGAAUAUUUUGAUGCGUAAUUAUGACGUCACAUCUGUAGAUAGUAAUUUUCUCCAUUUUGGUUUAAAGAGUAAUCUCCACGCUAGCACAAAAGCCAGCUUGUGCACACGUGACAGAAAAAAUAAAGCAAUAGCGAGAUUCGAGUUAAUUUACAAAAACCUAUUUGACAAACAUGGAGCGGAAAACACGAAACAAACUUUAUUAAGAGUUUUUCAAUAAAUAUCUUGUAAAUGAGAAAAGAUUAAGUGAGCCUUAAGUGAAAUAAGUUAUAGCCGAAUUCCUAAAACUAUUUCACUAAAACUAUUUCACUAAGUUUAUUUCUUUGUUCUUUAUACGCGUAAUAAAAUAAUUGUUGAAUUAUGUUUUGGCGUGGCAUCUGGAGUAGCCCUCAGGCUUGAUAAUGGACAUGCAGCUAGAAAGAGCGUCUUAGAAUGAGUAAAACUGCAAAGACUGGUUGCUAAUUGUUGUAAAAUGAAGAAAAUAUGGCCUUGUGAAGUUCGCAAAUUUUGUAUAUGUUUGUUUUAAGUGUGGUAAAAAUAACCACUUUCGGGCCAAAAAUGGUUAUUUUUCACGCGCGUAAUACAAAUAUAUACAAAAUUUGCGAACUUCACAGGGCUAUAUUUUCUCAUUUUACAACAAUUCGCAACCAAACUUUGCAAUUUUACUCAUUUUAAGAUUCUUUUUCCAGCUAUGGUAAUGGAUUUCGUUCUUCUUGUUUAGAUCAAAAUUUCGUCUAUUUCUGCUAAAUAUUUCUAGUAACAUUCUUAAGGUCGCGAGUUUCGUGCCAAGAAUGUUAUGAUCGAUUAGAUCAAGAGCUUUGCGAAAAUCGAAAAGGACAACUCUUGUGGUCCAUUUCCGUCAGUAUCUUUUGUCCAUUUAUUGAACAUGGUGUUUUGUCCAUUUAUUGAACAACAAUUCGCAACCGAACUUUGCAAUUUUACUCAUUUUAAGAUGCUCCUUCCAGCUUGGUAAUGGCUUUCGUUCUUCUUGUUUAGAUCAAAAUUUCGUACAUUGCUGGAAUUAUCCAUUCGAGAUCUUAAUAAUUCUCCAUUUCAUGCUCAUCCACUAAUUAUUGACUGUCCUAUCUUUAUCUAUUCUAGGAAUUCAUUCAAUGGUUUGUGAAACUUCAGUUUCAAUCAUUGUUCCCUGGGGCUUCAUUCGGCCGUAGAACCACAGCAUUACAAAAUCUUCAUUUAUUUUUACAAGUUUUUCCUGCGGGCCAAGAAAAAGGUAUAUCAUGCACCAUCAUGAAUUAAUAUAAGCAUUUUAGGCCACUACCGUUUUUCGGAAGAAGGUUGAGUUUUAGUAGGAGGAGAGCACUCCCCCACUUCCACCAAAACCCCAUGCACUUCUGGAAAUUCUUCAUUCAGAUAGCACUUUUGAGCAAAAAUAUUACCGUCUUAAAACAGGUUUUUAAUGCGUCUAUAUACAACGGUCAAAGUGCUUUCUUUCUUUCACAAUCAAUUAUUCGUAUUUGGCACAGUUUCUCCAAAGUACAUUGUGAAAAACAUAAUUCGGAGAAAGUUUCAGUUUCAAAACCCACCAUAAAAAGUGAUUGUAUAAAAUUUUGACCAUAAUCACCCUGCACUGAUCAACUUGUUUCCCCAUGGUGCAUUGCGCUCGUCACCCAGGAUCUCUUAUUCAAUGGCUAAAUCAGUCAUUGUGUCACUCAAUCGAUCACGUUUAACCCACUUGAAAUUUUAGAUCGAGGUUGGGUCGGUACCUAGCUAUAUGAACAGGCUAUGUGACUGUUUGAUUAUCACAACAAAAGUCGAUAAAAACACUUUAUAGAAAUCGUUUUUCUAGAGAAUGAAUCAUAAACAUUGAUCACUUUUGUUUCAGAAAAAGUAAAAAGCAUAUUCAUAUUAGGUAUAGUACUUUCCGUAGAAAUUCCACGAUAAAUCGGCAUGACUAUUUAUUAUGGCAUUUGAACUAAAUGCCAUAAUAUUUAUCUUGCUACAUUGACCGUGAUCACAAGACAGAACGUGUAAUGCAUGUAGCUACUGUUGAUAUUGCACACUUUGCGAUUUUAACCCCCAUAUAAUUCUAGUAUGAGAAAUUUUCCCGGAAAAAAUUAUUAACCCCCUCUAAAGAUAUUGACGCAUAUAUGCCAGGUAAUAAGGUAAGUUUCAGUUCUGCUGGUUGUAUAUUAACAGCAGCGUCAAUAACGAUGGCUUUGGUAUCACUUUAUCGGAAAUCACCGCUAUUUGACAUAAUCUUUAAACUCCCAUAGCAAUUUCACUGUUAUUUAAUGCAUAUUCAGUUCCUUAAUUGUAGACUUUCAUCGAGGUGAUCAAUAUGUGUUGCGGUUUUUCUUCUUUUUUUUUUCAUGGCUACGGUUUCGAUUUGUAAGCCCCCAUCGUAUAAUCUCUUCUAUAUGUACAAAAUCAUAUAAAUCACGUUUCCCUAAAUCGUAUAUAUUAUCCAUGCAUGUAGAGAAAAGGAAACAUGCGUGCUCUAUCGUUGCUCAUACAUAUGUUGUGUUUUCAGAUCCGUAUGCUAUAUGGGAUGGUUCUGAGAUAUUCACAUCGCAAACUGUCCACAUUUUGCUGGAUUGUAUGAAAGAUACAUAUGAUAUCAACAAGCAGAUUGCAUUUAAUUUACUCGUUGCUUGCCCAGCUUCCAUCCACCCAUUCAAGGUAAGAUGGCAACUGUAAUCAGUCAUCUACAAUCCAUAAGAGGCCGACUAAUUCACAAAUCUCACUAUUCUGUACUUUGGAACACCCUGAGCUUAAAUCACAUAAUUUAUUCAACUAAUCACAUUUAAAAUAUGAUGUUGGCCUACCUUUUACAUCAAAUCAUACAAUUUCACUAUCUAGUCAAUUUUUCGAAUCCUUUCAUCUGGCAAAUGAGUGAAGUUACUUGUCUGAAAGACUUACCCUUUUGGAUCUGUGAGUUAUUUGGUCAUUCGGUUUUAUCACGUUCUCUCUGUUUCAGGAUAUCCACUUUACCUUAAAAUGGACGACAGUAGCAACCCAGUGUGCAAUCAGUCCAAAAGCCAUCAACGUUAGCACUGCAGCUUGUAUGUUUAAAAUACUCAUCCGUAAAUCACCGCAUAAAAUAUGUCUACCUGCGAACCCAGAAAAUUGUACGGCUUUUGAAGAAGAAUGUACUCAAGCUGAUGGUGGAAACAAAGGCAAUGACGAAGUUGCAUCUUUAACUACCCAAGCGUAUCAACUUGACUUAGGAGACAAAGAAAGAGAAACGUCGAUACCAUGUAUGCAGGCUUUUAGACUUCUUUCUCAAUUUGUCGAAUUGUUGAAAUUUCAAAUUAAAGUGGCUCGCAAGAGUUUACUCGAGGCUGCAUUUGAAGCUCCAAUCCAUGGCAUGCUUUAUUGUGUACGAGAAGUUAUAUGCGAUCUACAACUAAGGUUAGAGAAAUAUCGUUAGUGCUAUUUGUUUUGCAGGAGCCAUUGUUUCAAAGUGGUUAUUGACACAAACGUAAUUAUCGAUAGGGUGGAAUGGGGGCUGUCGCUCGAUAGCCAAUAAGUUUCACAUACAAUUCAAGGCAAACUCCCAACAGGUUGUUUAUAAAUUUGUAAACAUUUCUUUAGAAAUCUUGUCUGAAUAUCAGCACGAGUUAUGUUUUCUUCUCUGAAGUUUUGUUUUGUUAGUGCUAACCCAGCUUUGGACAACCGUCCUCCGGUGGUUAAAGGGAUAUGGCAAUAUAACUAUAGGGAUAUGGCAAUAUAAUAUUGAAAUAACUUUUAAAAUGAUAUAUAAACUUCCUUUACAAUUAUUCCGUAUCUUCGAAAUAAAUUUUGAUCAAAAGCAGCGUCGGCAUUCCGCCAUCUUGGAUAUGCAUUCGAUAUGCAUACGUCACAAGUAGGGUAAAAAACAAAAUUUUUAUCUAGCAAACCAUAUGUCAUUAUCAAUAUGAAACUCGAUUUUCCGACGUCUUUUUAGUACUCAGUUAACUCACAACAUUUUAAGAAACUUUUCGAAGAAAUUUAGUCCCAAAUGUAAAAGUUUUAACAAGUUUACCCUGCUUGUGACGUCAUCAAAAACUCAGUUAAUCAGGUCAAUUAUAAUACCAAGAUGCCGGACUGCAUACUGUUUUUGGUCAAAAUAUUUUGAAAACCAAGAAAUGUACGAAAAAAUUGUAAAGGGUUUUCAUAUACAACUUUAAAAGUUCUUUCAAAUAAGGCAAAGUUAAUUUUUAUUGCUAUAUCCUUUAAAAUCAAACGUAAUUGGUGAGGUAAGGAGCUGCUUAGACGUUUUUCGACUAUACCAACUUUUUUCAUUUUAGUGAUGUCGCUGGCAACAAUGAGUGGCAGUGCUUAAUUUCCGCUAUGUUACAAGUAUGUUAUGACGUCACUGACGUUGUUUCUCCGGUUGUAACAAAUUCCUCUCCCGAAGGGAAUAUUUGCGACAAUGGUAAGUUUUGUAUUUACAAUAGAGAAAUUUAGAUCGAGGACGCGGACGUCAAAGACGACGUGAAAAUGGCGUGUUGUGCCCAUGUAUGGAUAUGCCACGCCAUUUUCACGUCGUUUUUGACGUCCGCGAUCUAAAUCUGUCUAAUUUGACGUUAUGUGACGCAAUUUAUAGCAAACUAUAAGGUACCCUAAAUAACCCAUGUCUCUACCUCAACCCAGUCCACUUACCGGUACGGAGUGUUAAGCACAGCCUUUUGAAAUAUGUUUGGUUUUAUUUUAAAACACGAUGCUCCAAGGAGACUGGGACUGUGGAAAUAUGCAACUUUAAAACAUCCGUUUUGUACAUGUAUACCACUAAAGAAAAGCACAUUUGUUUUUUCGAAAAUAUUGAUUUUUAAGGCCCCAUUUACAUGAGAUCGGGACGAAGUCAAGCCGGAAUGAAACCGGUUUACAUGAGACCGGUUACUGGUACGAAAAUCACAAAAUUUUCAAUUUAUUCCCCUUGCCAGGCAAUUUUCUUUUUCACAUGGCUUUUGUUAGCAUGUGUUGUUCCAUUGUCAAGGUUACAGCCGAGACCGGUCUGAAAUGUAUCUAUGUUUACAUUCAUCCCGGUCUGAAUUCAUGCCGGUCUGAAGUCAGUCGGCUCGGUCCAGCAGGCGGAAUGACUUGAGACGGGUCUGAGUUAUUUUCGUCCCGGUCUCAUGUAAACAUCUAUUAUAAAUAAUACUAUGACCGAAACGAAAUGGUCCCGGUUCGACUUCGUUCCGGUCUCAUGUAAACGGGACCUAAGUUUUCGUGAUAUCGUUAUGUUGGGUUUAGACCUUGAGAACAAGGAGAUAAGACUUGUUAAAUUAAGGGCAAUAUAGAUAUAGACGUUUCAGUGAGAUAAAUUUGACCUUCUAUAAUCGGCAAUGGGCCUGUCACUUGAAAAUAAAGGAUGAUUGCAAAUGCGUAGUUCCUUGUCUAUUGUAGUAGAAUGAAGUAGUUGAAGUCAAGUCAAAUCAUUGCUGAAAAGUCUGAACGUCUCACCCAGGAAUCAAACUCGAAGAGAAGCUCAACUUAGCUGAACCUCUGCCAAUAAGCCAUCACAUGAGAUGCCCGAUCUAAUGCAAAGUAUUGUCAUUAUGUAUUUGUCUUUACUUUGUUUUUUCGUAUAGACAAUGACGAAAAUGACGAAGUGCUUCAUCAUUUUGCACCCAAGGCUCAAAUCCUGUUAGUUUGCUGUUGGCGAGCAAUGAAAGAGGUUUCUUUGUUGCUUGGGGAAAUAACUAAGCGUGCUCCAGUGAAGGAGAAAGAUCAAAGUUAUGGAUUGCUGAGUUUUGAACAGGUAUAUACAGUUUGAGAUGUUACUUUAAUGUUAUCAUAACUAUUUCGCGAGUAAGUUGGAAAAUUCUCAAAACACUAAUCAAGUUUCUUUUGAAAAUUGAGCCCAUUUAUCUUGGCAUUUUGAUCAACUCUCCCGAUACCAAUUUCUAAACAGUAAUCUCCGGACAAAAUAUGUUAGAACCACCUGACAUUCCAAUCUAUGAUUAUGUAUAACAACGAUCUUUGUGGUCAACUGGUUUAUUUAUGUUUAACGUCUUAGUUUGAAGAAAUUGGUCAACUUUUUACGAAAAUCUUGUUGACAUCGAAACAUAGAGGAGCUUAUGAACUGGCACACGAAGGAUUUGUGAAGCUUUGUCAUAUGUUAUGGAGGUAAUGACUAAUGCAACGCCCAUAUCUUAGCGGGCAUCAAGUUUACAUUUGGAUUUUGUAGAUUUUCUCAUUGUACAUCCACAGCACGUUGCAUUUUACAAAAUAUAAAACCUAUUAUUAAACUACAAAACGAAGAAAAUGGUGGUAGAGAAAGAUUGCGUUAGGAUUGUCACACUAGAACUCUCAUAUUUUCUCUGCGUUUCAGCUGUUAACCAUUAAAAUUUUAGGAGUGUUCGCAGUCUCUAUUGUUUUGUAUUUUGAGGAAAGUUAAGUAUCUGAGUAAUAUUGUGUACGUCAUCAUCAAGAUAAUACAGACUCUUCAGUAAUCUGACCCCAAUCUGGCAAUUAUUACUUAACCAUAAAUGUUAUUUGAUUCAAACGAUUAGUUAAGCCCGCCGCACACGAGAACAACUUGCUGAGCUAACAGUCUCGCGAGGCGGUUAGCUCAGCAAGUUGCUCUUGUGUGCGGAUAGUUUUCGUGAGCAUUUGACCUCUCGAGGCCUUGAGGAAAAUAUCUAUCGUGUUUGAAUCUGUUAGAAGUUUGAGCUGUUUGAAUCAAUUAGCCAAUGACAAACCAUAGUUUCUUCAUGUGACAUGGAACAAAAUGGAGGAAAAUGCAAAUAAUUUUGUUAAUUAUGUUGUUGUUGAGUAGUUUUCCCAGCGUGUGCGGUGAAAAUACAUAUCUGAGCUGGCUGCCACUCGAGGCGGUUAGCUCGGCAAGUUGCUCUCGUGUGCGGCGGGCUUUAGCAUACAAAUCACGAGUGUUUAUGAGGGGAAUGGUGAAAAUAGUUUUAUGAGGUGAAAGAUGGAAUUUUCCAUUCCACCAGACGACACCAAAAUACUGGAAAAAACCUUGUUCACAAAUAAUUAAAAUAAAACAAAAAAGUGCCAAUAAAUGUUUCAGUGAAGAAUUAAUAUGAUAGCGGCGGUCAUCGUAAAAAUUAUCGCAAAAGUUGCAGCAAAAAUAUUGUAUUUUUACACUCGCCAUCUCGUGAUCAUAAGCCAAUGGAAGCCAAUUCUUCAUGGAAGCCAAUUCUAACUAGACUUGGCCGGAUGACGGUAAAUAUAUUUGCACUUAUGUUUAACACUCUGUGCCUUCCAGAUGUGAACAAGUAGAGAUCCAGCGUCUUCCAGGUGUAUUCCUUACCAAGCUUCUAAAUGAUAUUUCUUCAGACAAUCCUACACCAUGGUUGUGCGGCACAAGGAGGAGUGCUGGUUUACCGUUUUUCUUUAAGGUAAUUGAACAACAAAAAGAGAUUUAGAAUCAAGUGGAAAAGACCUUUCGCCUCGCCCGUUUUUAGGUCUUGCACGGCGGGCUGUCCGUCUGUCACGCAGGCUACGGUAUGACUUGAUAUUGGUAUGUGUACCCCCAGUAGAACCAUGAUCAGGAGCAAAAUUCAUUGACAUUAAUUAAACAUUCAAAGCAAACUUGUCCUGUUUAGGGUGUAUAAAGAGCCCAUGAAAAUUCCGCACGAAUUUGCGAAAAGUUUUUGCAUGCAUGCAUGCAUAGGCAUAGUUUGGGUUGUGCUUGUAGUAUCUUUACCACCAGCGGCGUAGCCAUCUCGGAUAAUUGGGGGGUCCAUAUUCAUAUAUUCAUGUUCACAGACCUUAAAAACAAUCGAUUUUAAAAUAAUUUAAUAAUGCAGAACACUAUUAUAUGAAUAUGGAACCCAAUUAUCGAGCUGGCUACGCCGCUGUUUAAGCCCACCGCACACGAGAGCAACUUGCUGAGCUAACCGCCUCGCGUGGCAGGUAGCUCAGCAAGUAGCUCUCAUGGCCUUGAGGAAAAUACCUAUCGUGUUUAAUAUUUUUCGCCUCGCGAGGAAAAAAUCUCAGCGUCUGCGGAUGUUGUGAGCUAAGUGCUGAGUUAUUUGAAUCAAUUAGCCAAUGACAAACCAUUGUUUCUUCAUGUGACUUGGAACACAAUGGAAGAAAAUGCAAAUGAUUUUGUCAAUUAUGCAUGUUGUUGUUGAGUAGUUUUCCCAACGUGUGCGGUGAAAAUACAUAGCUGAGCUAGCUGCCACACGAGGCGGUUAGCUCAGCAAGUUACUCUCGUGUGCGGCGGGCUUUAAACCACUAAAUUAUUUUGAAGGGUUGUUUUUAAAAAUGGCUUGCGCCCAAGAAUAAAAGACUUAAGGGGCUGUUACACUAUGCAACUUGUCUUGCAACUUGUCUCGCAAUUUCGUUGCAGCAAGCGUUGCACGAAGUAUAGAAUCAGGUUCUACUUUUCGCAACGCUUGACAACGACCAACGUUGGACAUAAUGUACGUGAAAUUGUCUGGUACUUUGGUAGUAUAUAAACCACCUUCUAAAUUUCCACUCUAUGAAUUAAUAUUGCGUUUUAAGCCUUCCAUUUUGUGCGCAUGCCUCAUGCACUCGAAAAUUUUCUUUUCAAAAUAAUUUUAAUGGUGAAGAUGCUGACAGACCGCAAACUAUGCUUGCAUAACGUUUUCCCAAAUUUUGCGAAAUUUGCAGUUUAGCAGACAUUUUCAAACUGUGUAGGGUUUUUUAUACACCCUGUAUUUCACGAUUUGCCGUAGAGUAAAUCAAUUCUUUAAAAACCAAAUUGCUUGAAAGCUCAUUGCAUAAAACAAUUUUGAUUAUUGAAAUCUUGCAUACCCCCUCCUUGCAAACAGCCAUAUUUUUGAGAUCAGUGAGGAUGACCACCCACGCACGGUGAACCAUAGCCAUGCGAACGUGGAUUAUUCUUGAAUAGUUUAAGACUAUUUGAAAUAUUUAAGACUUGAAUAAUUUAACAGGGUCCUAGUGAACAUCGCUUUGGCAAGUAGGUUCCCUGGAUAAUAAUUAUAAUAAUGAGACCAUUAUUUUUCAGGCUAUUGUAACAACUGAGCCAAAUGCAACUGGAAAAUGCUAUUUUAAAUCUGUUAUGAAAGGUACUACUUUAAUAUAAAUCUGAGAGCUGAGAUACAAUUCCAAUGCACAUUCAUGCGUUGCAUCUACACUAUAAUCCAUUCACAGAAUUACUGGAGCGUAACAUUUUUACUUUACCUUUAGGUCUCCUGAAAAGGUCUUAUUUUUACGCUGAAAUUUCUGGCCAUUUUUGCCGUUAAGAAUUUGUAAUAGACCCAAUACCUUCCAUCGACCCGGGAUCUCGAUCGACCAAAUGCUGAACUCUGAUAUCUUCCCUUUGUAAAAUAAUGUUUUUUUUACUCUUACAAUUAGAACUGUUAAAAACGGCAGCUAAACCUGUGAACACACAGGAUACAAAUAAGGAUACAACUUUACCUCAGGUUUGUUUUGUUUAUAUAUACUGUUGUGUGAUCAACUUCUUUAUCGAUCAGUACAGACGUUUGUCGUACUGUAUGACCAACUUAAGAAUCGGCUUUUAUUUAAUGUUAUUAAGUUCAUUUUCCAGGUCCAUGCCAGAAACAUACUCCGUGCUCUUUACAAAGAAACUAAGUUGGGUGAAGAUGUUUUUCCGUACGUUGCUGACGGUGUUCAUGUCGCUGUAGAGGGAUUCCUGUCAGAAAUAUGGGCUGUGAGUUGUCGUCAUUACCGUAAGAUUUAAAGUGUGCAUUUGACACUUAGUAAAAUUGAGGCAUGUAUUUUUUUAUAUAGGUUCGCAAUUCUUCCACAUUGCUAUUCAGUGCAUUGAUGAACAGAAUAUUUGGUCCUCAGAGCGUUCAAGAAGAGAAACGUCGGCAAGGGUAUGUUUAACAUUUUCCAUUGCAUAUUUGGUUAAUUAUUAGAGGGUUUUACUAAGUGUGACUUGGUAGUAAAUACCAAAAGAAAGCAUCGCAGACUUUGUGUUUAGUGCCAAUUCAUGUAUAAUGCUGGGGAGAAUUUACCAACAUAUGUUGCUCCUCGACACAUUCGAAGUUGCUGCAUGGACAUUCUUCAAGAUAUAACUAGCACGGCACGGUCUUGCUUAAUAAAGGACUUUCUCCACACAGUUAGGUGUACAUUUGGACCAUUCUGUCUGCAGGCCUUAAAAUAUCGGUCGGUCACGGACAUUGUCCGACCCAUUCGUGAAAUUGUCCGACGUAGAAAAGAAACCACCGGACAUUCUGUCCGACCUAAGUGAAACUGAGGUUUAUUGUUUGUCCGACCCGAGUGUAUUGGUGUCCGACCGGAAAAGAUAUUUUAAGGCCUGUGUCUUUUAUAAGACUGCCGGAUGUCGAGAAUGUGAGAGAAUAUAUGAGAAGGCAAGCAGCUCAUAUUGAGAAGUGAGCUUUUUAUUGAAGGUAUAAAGGUCCAACUUAUCUGAAUAUCUUGAUUCACUGCUGGGGCAAGCAAAGGGCCUACUGGACUAAAUGGCCCAGUGAUUAUAAAUAGUUAAAGAAUGCCCUGUGAGGUUGAUCACUAUGCGUAGAGAUUGGAAUCUUCGUAUAUUUUUGCCAAAUUGCGCCAGCUAUUAGUUAUUGUAAUGAUAGCUAUCAUAUAAAAUAUGCAUAUAUAGCAAUUUGUUACCAAUCCUGGCAAGGGCUUGUUUUAUAUAGUAUUAUAUAUUCCUAUUCAUUUAGUCCUGGAAUUAAGAACACCACUGUGGACACCACAAUGUCAUGUCAUAUUUUUAUCUUUUCUUUAAAGAAUGACUGGUCGAGAAUUUUUUUCAAGAUUUCCAUCGUUACACUCGUUCUUGAUAGAACAACUUGAAAUUUCUUUGAAAGGUGAUGAAAGGUAGGCCUAUGACAAUGUUGUUAACAUGUAAAAUGAAUAGUUAAGAAAUACAGAAAUAGAAAAAGUGUCAAAUGCUUUUGUGGAGUUACAAUGCACGAUCAACUCGAUAAGGUUGAGGUUGGAUAAUUUUGUUCACAUUAAUUGUUUUGACAACCAGUGGAGACGAACCUAGAAUUUGUAAAAACGAAAACUAACAGGCAUUAUUGCAGCAUAAUGCACGCUUGUUAGGAAGUAAAGUAUGGGGAAAUCCAUUUUCAUACCUUCAAGAAAUCCACAGAUAUUUCAAUUUGAAUUUUAUAUAUAGUUUCUUCUCUUGAAGCGCAUCCGAGUUUAUUUUUAAAUAAAGAUGCAGCUAAUUCAAUUAAGGUUGUGUCUUAAGGUCAAAAUACAUUGUGUUUAAGCCUUCCAUUUUUGGGCGCAAGUCAUUUGUAAAAAUAACCCUUAAAAAUAAGUUUAGUGCAUGGUAAAGAUACUACUAGCACACCCCACACUAUGCCCAUGCAUGCAUACAUGCAAAAAGUUUUUAGCACGAUCUGGAUUCUUCAAACUUAAAAAGUCCCAUGGAUUAUUCCGGGUUAGACGUGUGACUAAAAUCUGAAUUAGGUGAAAAUCACGGGAAGUCGUAAAUUAUAAAUCGCUUUAUUACGCAAAAGCAUAAAACCUUUUGGACGUAGCAACCAUAACUACGGAGUGUCGGAAGUAUGAAUUACAUAUUGUAUGCAAAUCCAUCAUGCUUUUUAUCGUCUAGCGAUCGAGAGUUUUGACUUCGAAAGGACAACCUUAAUAACUGAAUUAGCUGUAUAACAUGAGGUGACAGAAAGCAUAUAACACAUGCAGCAGUGAGCAUUAGGGCCUAUGUCAAUUUUGGUCCAUCAAUUUCUUCAGCUUGUUAGAUACGGUUUCAUCCAGUUCGAUGGAACCAAUAACUGGGUCAUGCAUUUCUAAAUGACCAUUUCUAGAUGGAGUGAACGAUACUUAACUUUUUUCGUGUAUAAUCUUCAGAGUUUUAUAUUCAAAUGCACACAUAUAAUUCGAAUACAUUGCAGGAAAUGCCCUUUCAGAGAGCCUAGAUUACAAAAUUUUAUGUGAAUGCAUGCCCCUAAACUCCUCUAGAGGUUUGUUUUACCUAUAAGCUGCCUUUUAUUUGCCAAGACGAAUAUUGGAUAUGAUAGAACUUAACGUCAUGUAAACUAUAUUUUUACAUUUAGUGACAAUAUCGCACGUUUCCGUCUACAUCCAAGUUUGUAUCCAGUACUCCUACUCUUAUCUCGUCUUCAUCCUUCAGCUAUGGAUGGCAAUGAUUCCACAUUAAACAUGGCUGCUUUUAUACCAUAUGUUUUAAGGUGAAUGAUUUACCAGUAAAAUAUUGUAUGAUGUCUUUAAAAUUGUAUAAGCAGCCUAAGCUACUGAGUUUAUAAUAGCCGAAUCGACAAGCAAUUACAAAUGUAAAUACUAUCGAAUUUAGUCGAACUACAGUUAGCUGUUCACCAGUUGAACUUCAGUUUCAAAUAAAUGAUAACCUGAUUAUCAUACCUCAGCACGAAUUAGACCUGUGGUAAUUUGCUUAAUGCUGCAUGUUUGGGUCAUUCGUACUUUAAAGAAUGACUUGGCCUCCAUUGAAUACAAAAAUGCCAAAUUUCACAAUUGACAAGAAUGACAUUUAAAUAUUAACGUACAACAGUGAAUUGUUUCAUCAAUAAUUUCAUUAUGGGUAUAACCAGCACACGAUAAUUUCAAGGCAUCAUCUCAGAAAGAGAAUGAUGUGGCCUAGGAACUCGCCAGAUCUCAACCCAAUUGAGCAUCUUUGGGACCAACAAAAGCGAUCUGUCUAUCGUCGGUUCGAAGAAUACAUGAGCAGUCUGGUUGACUUGGGCUCAAUCGUUGCAGGAUGAAUGGAUCUCAGUGGUGGGUGAUCAGACCAUGCCUCGAGGUGAUCGAGAAGCGUGCAUGGUGAUUACAUCAUUAUUAAAUCAUUGAUGAAACAUUACUGUUGUUGUGAAAUUUAGGUAAAGUCAUUCUUGUUAAUUUUGAAAUUGGGUAUUUUUGUAUUCAAUGGAGGUUUCUUAAUUCAGUGGAAGUUCUUUGUAUUCAAAGUCAUUCUUUAAAGCAUGAAUGACCCCGUUCUUCACACAGACUAAGCAACUACCAUAGGUUUUAAUUAGUGCUAGGAUUGAUUAUCAGGUAAUCAUUUAUUUAAAACUUAGGAUGAUAUAUUUAGGGGGGAACUUUCUUUUUGUGUGUGUUUAUAUUAUUCUGUCUUCAAUUCCACUUUCUGAAUAUUACUUCUGUGCUUUAUUGCACUCACUCUCUCCCAAUUACUAUUUUGUGUUUCAGGUGUUCGAAGAGUUGCGUUCUCAAGACUCGUGCUAUGGCCGCCCGUGCGCUUGUGCCUCUGGUAUCUGGUGUAGCUUUGCAGGAUAUGCUGAAAAAUCUUAUUGAAAGUUUGCCACAAUCAUGCACUAAAAGGUAGGUAAACUUUGUUUAAGAAAAAGAAAACUAGUCGCGCGCGUUUAUGGUGUGAUAGUGUAUGAGGAGGCUGUUGACAGAAUACGAAAGAAGCUUUCUAAUUAAUUUUCUAUAUAGUUUUGUGUAUAUUUUUGGCUUAAAAAGCAGAGACGAAGCGGGGGGGGGGGGACAAAGAAAUACCAAGGCAGUACCACAGACCACAGUGCGUUAAUUAUAAUACGCUAUAUAAUGCACGCGCAUUAGCCAUUCAACUAACAAUUAUUCACCUCAGUGUCAGUGAAUAGUGCAACGAUAUUCAUCGAAGCGCGAACAUAUAGAUAUCUUAUAUACACUAGAUAGCGCGUCUCUUUAUGUAAAAUUGAAGCCAAGAAUAUUCCAGCGGUUACCCCCAUUUGUAUAGAUGGCGGCCAUGUUGGAGUUUCCCACUCGCUAAUAAACGCUUAAAAAACAACAAUAACUUUCAUCAUUUGAACAGUUUGAAAAUGUAUUUGGAAUAGGUUUAACUUAAUAGGUUAAAUCAACUCCGAAAGUGUUAUUCUGUCACCACAGAAAUAGAAUACAUCUACACACUGUUAAACAAAACUUAGUGGCUUUCUUCGUGUUUGGCAAAACUGCAAAUUUUACACAAGUACAUUGUUGUGUGAACGUAUUAGGGUCGCCACCAACCCAUAUGAAUGGGCUUUUUGAUUGGUUCAUCAUAAAUAGAAAAGACAGUGGACUAUAUUAAUCAUCUUUCUAAGUGGUUUAAAACCAUAGUUAUAGAAUAGAUGGUUUGGAAACUCAUUAGAAUAACAAUUUAACUCAUUAUUUAUGUGUGAACGUUUAUUCAUGAAUCUGGUCUUCACCGUCACGUGUGUAUUGUAUUUUUGCCCGACUAACCAAUAGCAAUGUCAAAGUUACCUAUCCGUGACUCGAACAAUAGGAUAAAUUGUAAAUUGCUUUGGUGGAUUUGGCAAAAAUAGAAUACACACGUGACGGUGAAGGACCAGAGUUAUGAAUAAACGUUGACAAACAUGGAUAAUGAGUUACAUUGUUAUUCUAAUGAGUUUCCAAACCAUCUGUUCCAUUAGUACUAUUUACAACAUGAGCGGCCGUGUUGUAUCGGAUAUCAUUGGCGAAGUAAUUUUAAGAAUAAACGUUGUCUAAGCCGAGAAAAUCAAAGUUAAAAUUUAUGUAAAUCAGGACAAAUCUUUAUCCGAUUUACAAACAUUGAUCAAACAUUCACAUCUUUUUAAUUUUCUUCAUGAAUUAUUAUUAAUGAGUAUUUUAAAGAGUCAUACACACUGAUCACUAUUUUUUCAUGAAGCCAAUUACAAAACACGAUCAUUUUUACCCGAACGUCUUAUCAAUUGUAAAGUGUAUACAUGGACUACUUGACUUUUCGAUUGUUUUAAAUUUGUUCAAAAAUAUAUUCUCUGAUAGAAAAUAGAAAUGCAUGUUAUAAAAACUCUCCUGGUUGAAGUAAAACAGCAUAUUUUCAUGAAUCCAAUGAAAUUAAAUUGUUAAAAAGGCGCAGUGUAUACAUAACAGCAUUAGACCUCUCUUUAUCAAAGGUCUUCAAAUAUUCUUACUGUAGUUUCUUCAACUUUCUCUCUUUCUUUAUCCACUGAUUCCUUCUCUAACUCUUUCACGUUGCGUUUUAAGUACGGUAUACUGAUGUGAUUUAUAAUUGGAGGACCCCACUGAAAAACACUACGGUGAUGUGUGUAUCGUGGAUAAAUAUAAAGACAAUAAUAAUAACAAUAAAUCAGUUCCAUUUUUCAUGGUGUGUGCAAAUAUUUUCUUGUCUUAAAGAGUCAAACAGAAUCAAGUCCAUGGCUGUCUAUUACAGGUUAAUAUUUCAUUAUAUUGUUGUAUGUACAUGUUAUUAGAAUUUAGGUUUGUAGAACUAAUAGCAGUGUGUGAUAUUGAACAAUUGCGAAUUUUAAGAUCACUUUUUUAUUUUGUUUUAGAUACGAGAACUGUUAAGCAGCGCGUCCACUAACGUGGCUCUCUCCAACCGAACGAAGGAAGAUAUUUACACCAGCAUUGUUCCUUUAUUAUCAAAACGUGUUUGGCUGGCUUUCAG